AUGAAAUUUGAGAAAAUAAUAAUUUUUUUCUUUUUUUCUAUUUGGUUAUUUUUUUCAAAAUGUACAGAAUUAUUUAAUAUAUUAAAAGAAAUUACACUUAAACAUUAUGGUAAUAUUACUGAUGAACUUCAAUUACAAAUAUUGGAGAAUAAGAUUAAAGAUUCAAUAAUAAAAGCAAGUGAAAUGUUAAAUUUGGAAAAUUUUGAAUCAUCAAAUUGUGAACCAAAUUUCACUUCAUUUUGUCCUCAAAAUUGGUAUUAUUUGGGUGAUGGUAUACAUUGUAAGGCCGGAUUUGAUUAUACUGGUCCAUGUGAAAGAGUUAUGGAUUUUACAAAUAAAACUCCACUAGACAAAUUACGAAUUUCUAAUGAAUGUAAAAUUCAAUGGCCUUGUAAAGUUAAUAAAUUAAAAAAUUUUCCGAAUAUUACAAAAUGUCCUAAAUUUUGGUAUACAUAUGGUAUCUACGUUACGGUGCUUGUACACACCGACUUAGAUAUUAUCUCCCUAAAGGGGUUUCUUAACCCCCAAAGGGGCUCCCUAACCCCCAAAGGGGCUUUCUAUAGUUAUCCUAAAAAUAUAUGUAUACCACAUGAAAGUUAUAUGGGAAUUUGUAAUCCAAUACCAUUAGAAGAUUUAAUAAAAAAUAAAGAAAAAUUAACUUUAAAAUGUGAUUUAGAAUGGGAUAAUAAUUUGUUUACUAAUAAUUUAUCAAAUUUUAAUGAAUGUCCAUUAGGUUAUAAUAUUACUCCCGUUACGGUGACUGGUCCACCAAACAGUAAUGGACCUGAUAGUAAUAGUACUAAUAGUACUAGGGAUAUUGGUACCACUGGAGCAAGCACCGUUACUAAGGGAAAGGGAGCUAAUUUUAUGGGUACAGAGUGUACUGCUAAGGAAGCCCCUUUCGGGGCUGUUACUAAGGAUAUUGGUACAGUUGGAGCAAGCACCGUAAUGGAAAUAUGUAUACCAGAUGAAAAAUAUAAAAGUAAAUUUAAAGGUCAAUUAUAUUUUAAAGAUUUACAAGAUAAAUUAAUUAAAACUUAUCAAUACAAUUUAUUAUGGAAUUUUAAAAUAUUGAAUGAAGAAUAUUUGGAUGAAAAAUGUCCAUAUCAAUGGAAAUUUGAUUCAAAUACUUCAUUAUGUCUUUCACCAUCAAAUUAUCAUGUUAUUUCUAUUAUUCUAUUUAUCAAGUUAUUAUUAUUAAUGUAUUGUAUAGGGACCAUAUUUAAUUUUAUGAAAUUUGAUAAGAAAUUAAAAAAUAUUUGGUCAAAUAUUUGUUUAGCAGAUUUUUAUCCAAAUAUUAAACAAAUUAUAAAUAAACAAAUUAUAAAUGAAAAUUCUAUAGAAAAUUCUUUGAAAAAGAAAUUAGAAGAAAAAUUUUAUAAAAAUGGAGCAAUAGAACGAAAUUUUAAUAUAAUUAAAAAAAAUCAAAUUAAUAAAAUUUAUACACCAAAUAUAUUACAAAAACAAUUAAAAAAAUUAUAUAAUCUUAAAAAAUCAAUAGAUAAUUCAACAAAUAAUUUAUCAACUAAUGAUAAUUUUUUAUCAACACUUCAAUAUACAAUUGAUAAAUUAGAAAAGAAAAUAAUUUCAUCAAGUUUUAUUAAAAUUUCAUCAAAUAUUAUUAAACAACAAUGUCCAUAUAAUUGGGAUGUAUAUGAGAAUAUAUGUAUAGCACCAAAAAGUUAUCAAUUUUUUGUACCAAAUUGUUUUACAAUAAUUAGUCGUUACAAUAUCAAAUCUAAUCCAACAUGCAAAUUACAAUUUGAUGAAAUUGUUGAUGAAGAUUAUGUUAGAGAACCUUGUCCUGAGGGUUGGAAGAUUGAACAAAAAUUGGAUGGCAAAUAUUUACGUACAAUUUGUCGAAUUAAAUUUGGUGAAAUUAAACAUAAUUUCAUACAAUGUGGCACCAAAGUUGAUUUUACUAAUAUUUCUCCUAAUUUUAAAAGAAUUUGGUCAUAUAUUUGUAAUAGUAAAUUCCCAUCAAAAUCUUCCAAUUCACAUACCAAAUGUAAAGAAAAUUUUUACAAAAAAUGUCCAUAUGAUUGGAAAGAAGAUAUGAAUGGUUGUAUAGCACCAAAUAAUUAUAUUGGACCAUGUGAUAAAUAUAUAAAAUUUAAUGAAAUAUCAACACCAGAACUUAAACAAAAUUUUAGUCGAAAAUGUUUAGCAUUUUGGAAUUGUUUAAAUAAUUGUCAAAAAAAUUAUUCACAAGUACUUUUUAAAAUAUUAAUUAUUUGGGGUAGUUAA